AUGAAUCUCCUUGGUAUCAUCCUUCCUCUUCUUGUUGUCCUUGGCUCUGCCCAAAGCCAGUUUGUGCCAUCCGUUGUUUUCUUGUUCGCUCUGGACUGCUACGUGGAGACUUCCACUAGCACGUCUACAACUUUGACUUUGACGGCUACUUCCAAGACGACUCCAACUUCUUCGACAGUAACUACCACGACGCCAGUGACUGUACAAGCUACGACUUCAUCUGAUACUCCAAUAGCAGCUACAUCAGUUCCCACCUCGUCUUCAUCUUCUUCCACCUCAACUGCCACAUCUUCACCUGAAUCCUCUGAACCUUCAUCGCCAGUCACGUCAACAGAAUCUACUCCAGAUUCCUCGGCUGCAUCGCCAUCAAGCUCUACAUCCCCUGUCGUUCCCUCUAUGGAAUCCGAAGCCACGUCAUCCUCGGCCCCAACAGAAUCAUCAUUUGCUUCAAGUUCUUCUUCAACAAGCACUUCCAUUUCAUCAGAAUCCUCUUCGACAUCAUCUCAAGAAUCCACUACGGCAUCUCCUGGCUUCUUCGCUACAGUUUCUAACUACAUCUUCGGUUCAUCAGCUACUUCUUCGGCUCCAGCUUUAGAAGACCGCACAACGACGAUUUCAACCCAAUCGAGCAGCCCCACCAAAGAAUGUCACACGUAUCUGUUCCAGAAAAAAGGCUGCGACGUCCAAGAAGAGAGAAACUCGUGUCAAAAAUAUCCAGAGCCCGAGGAUCCAUACUACGUGCACCCAGAUCAAUUGUUGUGUACCAUUCCACCAUACACUUCCAACACACAUUUGGCCAUGGAGCACGGGUUUGAGAAAGGACUCAAAUACGCUCUAGUUGGAUCGGUGGAAGACAAAAACAGAUUGAAAGGAAAAACUGUGGAUUGGUUCCUCAACAACAUGCAGCAACUCAAUAUCUUCAUCGCAAUUGAUAAAAGAAAAAAGAACUAUUACCUCGACGCCACAAAGCUAUGCGAUGAGAAUCUUGGAAACUGCGUCAAGCUUCUAGCUAAAGAUGUGGAGAAGUUCAUCUACUGGAAUUGCACUAGCAAACUCGAGAAGCCGUAUGACUACAACAGAAGAAUGCAUGCGAGAUUGGCUGAAUUGCGGAAAUAA